AUGAGCGAGGUCUACGCGGCGAAAGAACAACUCGGCACCUCAGCACCCCUGAGAGAUCUUGCGGUCUACGGUCUACGACACCGCGGCACCGCCACGCCCGCCCGGGUCCACCAUUUUCUGCAACUCCGCCCCGCAAAACGUAGCACGGCGCUGCACCGAUCGCGGGCAAGCAGGGCCUCGACCUUGCCAUACGAGGUCGCGACCGUCGCCGAUCGGCUCGGCAUUGCCUUGCGUAACACUCCGCAGCCCCCGCCUGGCACGCGGCCUACGAUUUUUUCUUGA